AUGUUUUCUUUUGAACAGGGCGCCGACUACGUGUUCCACUCGUUCUACUAUUGGUGUAAAUGGACGGGAAUUCAUACGACAGUCUAUAAUUAUGAAAUUACUCAAGUCGACGGACCCGCCGUUGUCAUCUGCAAUCAUCAGAGCUCCCUCGACAUAAUCUCAAUGGCGUCAAUCUGGCCGAAACACUGUGCGGUGAUGAUGAAACGAAUUUUGGCUUACGUUCCGUUCUUCAAUCUCGGCGCCUAUUUCUCCGGCACAAUCUUCAUCGAUCGCUACAACCGUGAACGUGCGAUGGCUUCCGUCGACUAUUGCGCCAGCGAGUUGAAAAAUCGAAAUCUAAAAUUAUGGGUGUUCCCAGAGGGUACCAGAAAUCGCGACGGCGGAUUCAUCCCGUUCAAAAAAGGAGCAUUCAAUAUCGCUGUUCGUGCACAGAUCCCAAUUAUUCCAGUCGUUUUCUCAGAUUAUCGCACGUUUUAUUCGAAACCUGGAAAGUAUUUCAAGAAUGACGGCGAGGUUGUGAUCCGCGCGUUGGAACCGAUUUCUACGAAGGGGCUAACCCUUGACGAUGUCAACGAGUUAUCCGACAAAUGUCGUGAUCUCAUGCUCGCCGCCUAUCGAGAAGUCACCGCUGAAGCAUGGAAACGGACUGCCGAUCGGCGUGGCGAGACAGUUUCUGGCAAGAAGAUCGAGUAA